AUGUUCUCUAGAUAGUUAUAUCAAAAAUAGAUUAAUCAACAAUUUUUCUUCAUAAUCAUCGAAUUAUUCAUGCCACAUACACAUAUCGCUCCCGGAAUGCCACGUCGAGUUCGUUUAAUCGACUGGAUUCUACUAGUUGUAAUUUUCAUCACAAUCUACACAAUUCUUCAUAAUGAAAGUGAUAAUGAAAUCGAAACAAGUGAUGUACAACUUGAAAAGCCUAUCUGGAAGAAGGAAGAUAUUCGAGAAAUGUGCCAAUUUUUGGAGCAUGAAGUGACCGGAGAAGAAGGAGACCAAUGGGUUAAGGGAAACGACUACGAAAAGAAACUACGUCUACGUGGAAUUACAGUAGUGUUUAGACAUGGAGAACGAUCUCCUGUUUCAAAAGUUGAAGAUGAUAUUGGAUGUCUUGCAUCGAGAGAUGUUGAUCGAAAAGCUUUUGUAGCUUAUAAGGAAUUGGCAGAAAGUGAUGAGAUUAAAGCAUUUUUGAAGUUAGAUCCACAGCUAAAACAAUAUCCCAGAGUUCCAUUAGUUUCAAAAUGUGUCAGUGGAAUGUUAACUGCGGAGGGGGCUCUACAACAUUUAAGACUUGGCAAAUAUUUCCGUCACCGUUACGAAAAAACCAAAUUAUUUGCUGAUGAAAAUCAAAGAAUAGUAGCAGACGUUGUUAGCAGCAAGUACAACCGAACAGUACAAUCUGCGUUGGCAUUCUCCACUGAAUUUCUGUAUAAACAAAGAACAUUUCUUGCUCCAAUUCAAAUUAAAGCAUCCAAUUUCUCAUAUCACUGUAUUGAUCAAUCGUGUGCUUGCCAGAUUCAUAAAUCAAUUCGUAGAAUCUAUGAAGAAGAGCAUCUCCAACAAUUCAAUGAAAUGAAGUCUGAUGAUGUGGCAGAUGAAGAGAAGAAGUUUUUGUCAUUUCCUCAAUUCGCAGCAUCUUUUGAUCCAUUUCAAAUGAUUGAUGUUGGAUUAGGAAGUUUCAUUUGUCGACGAAAAACUCUUCCAUGUCGAUUGAAAGAAUGUGUUACACUGGAUUCAUUCAAUAAAAUGAUAAAUUUAACAACAUCACGUGGAAGCCGAAUGUUUGACGACAAAAUUGGAGUUGCUCGAAGAUUACAGUCAAUGGAAGCAUAUCCAAUUUUAUCGUAUUUAAGAGACUCGGUUAACAAAAUCCGAAAGUUUCCACAUUCAAACUACAUUCAGAUUUUCUCCGGUCACGAUGUCACAGUUGGCCCAAUUCUUCGAGUUCUUGGUAUUCCUUUUGUGGAUCCACCACACUACACUUCUAGAAUUGUAUUUGAAAUCUACGAGCAUUCGGAUGAUGGCCUAUUCAUUCGAACACUCUACAAUGGAAGGAAUAAGACCUAUAAUAUAAGAUUCUGUCAGGGUGAUGAUAUCAAGUACGGAAUGUGCAAAGCGACUGCAUUCGAGAAAUUCGUCAAGGAAGGACUAUUUCAACUGGCGGGAGUUAUGGAAUUCAAGGACAUGUGUUAUAUUUAAACAUUAUCUUUAAUUUUUGGGGUUUAGAACAUUUUCAUGUAUAAGAAAUUAAUUACGAGUUUUAUUGGAAAAAGUGCAUUAUUUUUACUGUUUCAAAUCUAUUCGGAAAGCUAUAAACACACUAUUUUUU